AUGCCGCACCGCGCAGCAGGAGAGGCGCGCCGGCGCCUUCGGCCUCCCAGCGUCCUGGGUCACCUGAAGCGAGAAGAACAAGAGGGAGAUCAAGGGAGAGAAGGCGAAGGAGGGCAGGAAGACAGUCGCUUCGACGGAUCUUCUGUCUCCUUUUCAGAUGAACUGGAGGACACAGAGUCCGACUCUGGAAGCAGUUUCUCGGAGGCAGACGUAACGAAUGCCUCGGACUUGUCCAGCAGCUCGAGCGGCUGCAGCAGCGGCACCGAAGAUGUUGAAGAUCACUUUUUCUCUGAUUCCUCUCGGUCUUCUGACGCCUCUUGUCGGCGCAAAGUUCCAGAGAAGCCAGCAACGGGAACAGACGCUGCGUCGCCUUCUUCUGGUUCUUUAUCUCACUCAAGUUCUCUCUCCGUCGUGUAUCCCUCCACCUCCUUCUCUCCUUCGUCGCCUUCUCCUUCGGCUUCUUCUCGUCCCCACUCUCCUUCUUCUUCCUCUCACCUGUCUUCGUCCUCUCGCUCGCCUUUCUCCUCUCCAUCUGCCGGUUCUUCCUCGCCGUCCUGUGCCUCUGCUGGCUCCUCCGCUGCUUCUCCUGACCGCGUCGCGUCCCCGACACUGGAUCCGGCUUCUCCGCGGACCUCAGACUGGACGGAGAAGCAGUGGUGGGGUGGCGGAAUGACUCGAGGAAUACCUGCGAACUCCUUCUUGGCCGCCUAUCCUUCGCGACUCUGCGGCGUUGCGCUGCCUCCUUUCGAAGAGCUUUCUCCUCACUGGCGCGAGCUGGGCGCGCUCGCCUUCUGGCGCCUCUCCUCGGCGAAGGAUGGCAGCGGCGUCGCUCAGCUGCGGGAUAACGACAGUCGUACGUUCUGGCAAAGCGACGGCGCGGCUCCCCACACGGUCACUUUGACGUUCAACAGAUUGAUGAAAAUCUCUCGAGUCGACCUUCUUCUCAACCUCCAAGUCGAUGAGUCCUACACUCCACGCGUCGUUCAAAUCAAGAUCGGCGACAGCCCAACGACGCUGCAUGUCGCGAAAGAGGCGGAGUACGAGCCGGGCGCGCGCGACGAAGGCGCCGCUUGGUGGUCUAUCCUGCUGCAUCCGAAGGACGCUCUCCGAGCGAAACACGCAGGCCGGUUGCCUUUCGAGGACGCACGCGACGAAGCUCUGAGUCCCUUCUACGCAUGGCUUGACACCCUCGACUACGUCGGCGGCUUCUGCCUUCAAAUUGCGAUUCUCCAAACCUUCCACGAAGGCCGCGAUGUGCAUGUCCGCCAGAUUCGUGUCUACGGGCCGGACGGCGAGGCGCGACCCGCGGUGUCUCCCGCGCAUGAAUGCAGUUCUCGUCUCGUCCACCGAGGACAGGGGAGAGGCGCGACGGAGACAGAUGCAAACGAAGGAGGCGACCAAGCUCUCGUUUCCUUCGAGUCUCUGCCUUCCUUCCACACAGCGCAGAUGCGGUUUCCCCACACGACCUCAGACCCUCUGGAUGCCGGAGAGAGCGACCAAGGAGAAGCGGGGGGAGACCCAGAGGAAGAACCAGAGCGAGAACAAGCAGAGGAGCAACCGGGAGAACAGGAAGGAGAAGAGGAGCCGAGGGAUGUCGCCUUUUACUUGGUGCGAAUGUACUACGAGACGCAGUUGAGGAGACAGAGAGAAGACGGGGACGGAGAAGAGAGGAACGACGCGGCGGUGCUGCCUACACCCAGCCAUCUGAGUUCUGAUCUCGACAGUGGAACCACCGCCGGGAUGAUGAGUAGCCCAGCGGGAGGCGCUUCAGCUGGGCACCCGCGCGAUGGUUCAGGUCUUCCCUGA